UGAAAAUCGAAAUUACUUUUAUUACCAUAAGAGAUCUACAGCCGAUGACGUAGGUGCUCAGUCGAAGUCAAUAUGACGACCCUCACGUUUUCGAGAAUUAUAGCCUUCAUUCCCUUCACGAUGAUGCGCCUCUUGGUCCUGACGACGCUGAAGGAAGUGGGAAGACAUGACUACGAUGCGUCGAACGUCCUGAUGCAGCAUUAUGACUUCGUUAUUGUCGGCGCGGGCUCGGCUGGAGGCGUGAUGGCCGCUCGACUCUCGGAGGUGGCGGGCUGGCGGGUCCUCCUGCUCGAGGCCGGGGCGCCGCCGCCGGAGAGCCACGUCCCGGCCUUCAACGGCGCCUUGUACCGAGGAGAGGCCGACUGGAACUUCAUCACGACGCCGCAGCGAUACUCCUCGGGCAGUUUUAUCGAUAAUACUAUUACCGUGGUUCCGGUGGACCUCAGACCGUGGAGCGGAAGCGCUGGGGUACCCCUGUUCUCAAGGGUUUCCUGAAGGCUGGAAAACAACUUGGAUACGAUAUUAUUGAUCCCAACGCCGCUGAGCAAAUAGGUUUCUCCGAGAUCGACCUGACGGCGAGGAAUGGCCAGCGUUGGUCCACGGCCGAAGCUUACAUCAAACCCGCAGCUCAGACGAGACCCAAUCUUCAUGUCCUGGUGGAUGCGCGCGUGACACAGGUAAUUUUCAACAGCAACAGGAGAGCUACUGGAGUAAGAUUUUUACACCAUGGAAAGGUGAAAACGGCUCUUGCAUCUCGAGAGGUGGUCAUGUCAGCAGGUGCGAUUGGGUCGCCUCACCUGCUCCUGCUUUCGGGCGUCGGUCCAGCCUAUCACCUGAAGGAGCAUGGCAUCCCCGUGGUUGUAGAUCUCCCCGGGGUUGGGCAGAACCUCCAAGACCACCCUAAUGUCCCGGGACUCGCUUGGACUGUCACCAAAGGAUCUUCGUUCAACUACCUGACCCUCGCCAACCCCAAGCACGUCCUGGAUUACGUCAAGAACAGACAAGGCCCCCUGACCUCGCCCGUGGGCACAGAGGGCAAUGCAUGGCCUCCUUCCCCCGUCGGAGACCCAUACUGGCCCGAGAUACAGCUGGCCUUCGUCUCAGGGACCCCGGCGACAGAUUUCGGCCUCGUUCUCCCGGGAACUUUUCGAUUCAGGAAGGAGCUGUACCACAAUUUCUACAAAUCGAUCCUCGGCAAGGAAGGUUUCUCUCUCGUGCCCCUCAUUAACCGGCCGAAGAGCAGAGGGUCGGUUACACUCCGGUCCCGCGAUCCUCUGGCCGACCCGCUCAUCGACACCAACUUCCUCGCCGACCCUGACGACGCGGCUGUUCUUGUGAGAGGCGUGAAAUUCGCGCUGGAGGUGGGGUCGGCGCCAGCACUGAGACAAGAACACGGAGCCAAAUUCCACGAUAAGCUGUUGCCAGAAUGCGCGCACAACAAACCUUUCUCAGACGCAUAUUGGGAAUGCUACGUUCGUUACUUCACCCACACUUCCUAUCACCCCGCUGGAACGUGCAAAAUGGCACCCGAAUCUGACCCUUAUAGCGUAGUGGAUCACAGACUUAGACUGCGGGGCGUGACUGGCCUCCGCGUGGUGGACGCCUCCAUCAUGCCCCUGGUGGUGUCCGGAAACACUAACGCAGCCGCCAUCAUGAUCGGCGAACGGGCGGCCGAUCUAGUGAAGGAAGACUGGGGCGUUCCUGUCUACGGAUAAGGGCCAGGCAGGAGCUUGGGAACGAGAAGGAUGCAGCGCCGAAGGAUGGAUAUGUUUGGGAUAUUUGUGUCUUGAGAGUUUCGUGUGUAAAGGAGGUUAGAGAAGAGUGGAUUGUCUUUGAGGGCAAGGGUUACCAGCUAGAAGGAUGUAGAAGCGGAUGGGUAUGUUAGGAUAAGGCUUUUUCACGUCCGAAGGAGGUUAAAACAGAGGGCAUUGAUGACUGAGUUCUUGUCUAUGAGUAAGAACAAGGCAUAACAACAAGGCUUUAUAACUAGAUGGGUUUUUCGGGAUAAAGAUAUUUGCGUCCUUAAACCCGUAGGAAAUGAGGUUAAAUAGAAUGCUGAGAAGACUUGAGUGUUUUUGUCAGGGGAUAAAAGUCAGAACUGGCAACAUAGUUAUACUAAUAGGCAUUAUUAUUAUUAUUGAUUAUUAUUAUUAUUGUUAUCAUUAUUAUAAAUAUUAUUAUUAUUAUUGUUAUUAUCGUCAUCAUCAUCAUUAUUAUUAUUAUCUCCUUUUAUGAAGAUAUAUUUCAAUUUUAAGUUAGAUGUUAGAGUCAAAACAGGUCUUGUAUAGAAAAGACGGCCAGGGAACGUUAUAACUAGUAAGAGAACCUUCAUUAUGGGAGAUAAACGGGAAAAUUCGUUAAAGGAUGAAUAACAAUGCAUAAUUAACGCCCUUGUUCAAGGAUUUACAAAUUAACCUGGAAAUAGCAAACAGAAAAUUCAACACAAAUAACUUGGAAAUACAGAUAGAUAAAUGUUACUCAAAAAAUGACACUUGAUAUUGGGGUUGUGCCAAAAAAUUAAGUAAAGAUACAUGAAGUGCAUAAUUUAUUUCUUGGGCAGUAACAAGUUAUGGUUUACGCCAAAGAAAAAUCUGGCGAAAAUUCCCAGUGCUUUUGAUCUGUGUUGAUGGGUUAUAAUCUUAUUUCAUAUUUACCAUUGGGCAGAAAAUAUGAAAUUGAAUUUGUUGUUCCUGGUUUGUUAUUGUGGAUGUAAACAUGUUUGUAGAUGUGUUAUGUUUUCCCUUUGUUAGUUUACAUUUUAUUAUGUGGAUAGUAUAUUUUAUGGAAGACAAGCGAACAUAUACGUUGUGCGUGCGUGUGCGUGUGUGUGUGUGUGU